AGGUAGUGUAUAGGUUGUGUAGCAAGAGGUAGUAGGGCAGUGGCUUUUUUUUUCCUCUUCAUUCUCCUCAACUAGGCUUGUACAGACGACGACUUCAGCCAUGUUCAGGUCGUUGUCGCGAAGCAACCUCCGGCGAUCGCAAUCGAUCAAUGCCUUUGUCAACGCUCUCCGGCAGGCAAACAUCAAGCCAACGCACAACUUUAUUUUCACCGCUGUGGCAAAGGCCUUUGGCAUCUCGGUCUCGCAGGUGGAAGAGUAUGCGCUGACGGGUGCUCAUCUCUCGCAGGUCAACCAAUUCCUCGCGGCAGAUGGUCCGUGGAAGCUCAUGUUCUACUUUCAGCCGCUGGAGACCGGCGCCGCCGAUGACGACGCCGACGAGAGCGCUGGCGGGCCGUCGAAGCGGAGCGGUGCACCAACGCUGCGGAUCACCGACGGCAAAGACGAGCCGCUGCGCGGCAAGGCCAUUUACUUUCUGCGGAUGCGGCAAGUCGAGCUGACUGAGGCCAACAUUGCCACAGAGGUGGUGACCGGGCGGAUCUCCGGCGGCGUCGGCCUCCUCUCGUCACUGCAGGAGACGAUCGAGCACGUCAUGCUUCCUGCACUCUCGGCGCAGGGCAUGUGGGGCGAGCUGCCGAACGACUCUGACAAGAUCGAAGCAUUCCUGGAGGCGCUGGACAAGUUUGUGACGAUGCUCGCCCAGGUCAUGUCGUCGCUGGCGCAGGGCGUGACACUGCGGCUGAAGGCACUACCGAUCGAGAACAAGCCGAGUGCCUUUGCCGAGGCUGCUCUCUCGCCAGAGCUUGUGGCCGAGUGCGAGGAGCUCGUGGACGACUGGUGCAAGAAGAUCGACCUCGUACUCGCCGAAUCCGAGGUUGUGCGGCGCGAGUCGGACUCGGUCGGGCCGAACAAAGAGCUCGAGCACUGGAAGGCGCGGAUGGCCAAGUUCAACACCAUCACCGACCAGCUCAAGCACGAGACGGUCAAGGUGGUCAUCGGAACGCUGACGGCGGCCAAGUCGAAGAAGCUCGAGGUGUGGAAGACGCUUGACAACCGCAUCACCGACGCUGCCAACGAGGCCAAGGACAACGUGAAGUACUUGUACACGCUCGAGCGGUUCUCGGAGCCGCUCUACAAGUCGGACCCCGUGCAGAUGGUCGAGGCCAUCCCGGGCCUCAUCAACGCCAUCAAGAUGAUGCACUCGAUCGCGCGGUACUACAACACCAGUGAGCGGAUGACUGCGCUCUUUGUCAAGAUCACCAACCAGAUGAUCACGUGCUGCAAGGAGUACAUCCGUGGCGACGGCGAGAUCUGGGAGCAGGACCGGUCGACGCUCAUCGGCAAGCUCCAGGCCUGCCUCGCGCUCAAGAAGGCGUACCAGGACGCGUUCCGCCAGACCAAGACUCGGCUCCGGUCGCAGCCCAAGGACAAGCAGUUUGACUUUUCCGAGAUGUACAUCUUUGGCAAGUUUGAGCUCUUUUGCAAGCGGGUUAAGAAGCUCAUCGACACCUUUAUCAUCAUUGAGCAGUUUUCGGCGCUCGAAAACUGCUCCAUCGAGGGCAUGGGCGAGAUUCUGGAGCGGUUCAACACCAUUGUCGCCGAGCUGCGGAACAAGCAGUACGACUUGCUCGACCACCGCAAGCUCGAGUUUGAGGCCGACUUUGUGCUCUUCUACGAGAAGAUUGUCGACCUCGAGCGGCUGCUGCAGGAGUUUAUCAACGCCGCUUUUGAGCCGAUCACCUCGACUCAGCGUGCGCUCUCGCUCCUCCGCCAGUUCCAGAGCGUCCUUCUCAUGGACUCGCUCCGCGCCGAGCUCGAGAACAAGUACUUGCUCAUCUUUGCCAACUACGGCCGCGAGCUCGACGUUGUCCGCCGCCUGUACGAGAAGCAAGCCAACGCGCCGCCGAUUCCGCGCGACACCCCGCCGGUUGCCGGCGCCAUCUCGUGGGCCCGCCAGCUUCUGCGCCGGAUCGAGGAGCCGAUGAAGCUCUUCCAGGCCCACCCGCACAUUCUGUACACUCUCGAGGCCAAGAAGGUCAUCCGGGUGUACAACAAGCUCGCUCGGGCGCUUGUCGAGUUUGAGACCCUCUACCACGAGUCGUGGAUGAACUCGGUUGAGGAGGUCAAGUACGCGCUCAACGCUACGCUGCUGGUGCGGAACCCGGGCGCCAAGUCGGUCAUCCUCGUCAACUUUGACUCGCUCAUCCCCAAGCUCAUUCGCGAGACCAAGGCCAUGCAGCGUAUGGAGCUCGAGGUGCCCGAGACCGCCAAGCUCAUCACCAUGCAGGAGGCCAAGUUCAAGGCCCACUACAACAACCUGCAGUACAUGCUCGAGGAGUACUCGCGCGUCCGCUCCAAGAUCCCCAAGAAGUUCGCCCAGCUCAUCGGGCCGCACGUCGAGCUGGUCAAGUCGCGCAUCGAGCCUGGCCUGGUGAGCCUUACUUGGACCUCGCUCAACAUUGACGGCUACCUUGCCGCCAUCCACGAGUCACUGGCCCACCUUGAGGACCUCGUCGACAAGAUCAACGACAUUAUCGCCUGCCGCGUCGACUCUACGCUCGCAAGCAUCCGCGCCACCCGCCUCAUCGACCUCCCCUCCGAGUCGUCUAUCACCAUCGAGGCCUUUGCCGACGCUGCCGAGGAAACGACGCGGAGCCGCGCCGCAAGCCUUGACUCCAAGGUCGUUCUCGUCGAGUCGGCUGUCCAGGACCUUGUCGCCCUCAUCACCCGUGGCUACACCUCGUCGGACAUGGCCAAGGUCGAGGGCUUUAUCGACCGCGUCGCGCAAGAGUACGCCAACGCCACGUUUGAGGCCAUUGUUGAAGCUGUCAAGGCCUCGAUGGAGCUCAUCAAGUCGCGACUUGUUGGGAGCAGCAGCGAUGGCAACACUUCGCCCGAGGCCGACGCCGAUGGGACUGGGGCUGACGGCGGGGCAGGCAGUGCCGGGCCGUCGAGCGGCAUGUCUGGUGCCAAGACUGUGUCCGGGAGCGGCAGCGGGGUUGCAUCCGACGGCAGCGUUCCGCUCUUCAAGCUCUCUGUCGAGCUCGAGGUGCCGGAGCUUGUCCUCACGCCGUCGCUCGAGGCUCUCCAGCAGUACAUCGACGUGGUGGUGGAGAAGAUCAAGGUUGCGUCGGCGCUCAUCUACACGUGGGGCCAGGAGCGGCCGACCAAGCGCAAGGGUGCGAGCGGCGGCGCCGGCGAGCUCGGCGAGGGUGCUGGCGACGAAGAGAGUGCCGGCAACCGGACGCUCAACACGUCACUGACCGGCUCAGUCAUCGGCUCGCCGGGCGGGCUCGCUGCGUCGUUUGUGGGCUCGCUCGCCGGUGGUGACGAUGCUGGCGGCGACGAUGCCGGCGUCCUCCGCAACUACUACGAGUCGAUUGAGAACCACAAGGAGAUUCUCAAGCUCCAGCGCGAGCUCGCGGCUGUCACCUCGCAGCUCAAGAGCCGGGUCAAGGCCGACCUCUCGCGGUUCUCCAAGUACGCGUUCCUCUGGUCGGAGGACCGCAACGCGACGUACGAGAGGUUCUUGGCGAGCACGCCAGGCAUCGAGGCCUUUGAAAACGAGCUCGGGCGGUACGAGGGCCUGCGGCGCGAGAUCGAGGACCUUGCCGCCGUCGUUGUCAUCGGCGCGGUGGCACUCGACUACGGCGAGCUGAAGCGGGCGCUGAGCUCCGAGGCCGUGGGCUGGAAGCAGUUCUACGGGGACAAUCUCAAGAUCAAGAGCCACCAGGAGAUGAACGAGCUGGUGGCGUUCUUUGACGAGUCGACGGUCAAGCUCAACCGGCAGCUCAACGACCUCGACGAUAUCCGGGCGGUCAUGGACGUGCUCGCCGAGCUGCGGAAGGAGGAGACCUCGAUCUCGAUGAAAAUCACGCCCAUCGAGGAGACGUACUCGCUCCUCAACCACUACUCGAUCCGGUACUCCAAGGAGGAGGCCGACGCGGCUGACAACCUGCGGUACUCGUGGAAGAAGCUCAAGAUGGGCCUGGCCAUUGCCAAGCAGGCUGAGCUCUCCAAGCUCCAACCCAAGUUCAAGAAGGAGCUGCUGCGGUCUGUCGAGGCGUUUGAGGACGACGUCGACGAGUUUGUGGCCGACUACACGCUCAACGGGCCGAUGGUGCGAGGCAUUUCGCCGCGUGUUGCGGUGGAGCGUCUCAAGGCGUUCCAGCGGCUGUUUGAGGAGCGUGAGCGGAAGAUGACCACGUACCAGGGCGGCGAAGUGCUCUUUGGUCUGCCAGUCCACGAGUACCCCAAGCUAGUCAAGAUCCGCAAGGAGCUGCGGCUGCUCGAGAGCCUUUACGGCCUGUACUCGGACGUGUUGGUGACCGUGGGUGGGUACGAGGACAUCAUCUGGAGCGAGCUCGACCUCGAGGGCAUUCAGCAGCAGAUCAAGGGCUUCCAAGACAAGUGCAAGCGACUGCCCAAGGCCAUGCGGGAGUGGGAGGCGUAUCUCGAGCUCAAGACCAAGAUCGACGACUUUGACCGGCUGCUCCCGCUGCUGGCAGACUUGUCGCACCCCGCGAUUCUCUCGCGGCACUGGGAGGCCAUUUCUGAAGUGACCGGGACCAAGUUCAAGGUUGACAUGGACACGUUCAAGCUCAAGAACCUGCUCGAGGCGACACUGCUGGAGAACGAGGCCGAGGUACACGACAUCUGCUUUGCCGCCGUCCGUGAGGCCGAGAUUGAGACCAAGAUCAACGCGCUGCAGGACGAGUGGUCGGACGCGAGCUUUGAGUUUGCCAACUUUAAGAAGCGCGGAGCCAUCAUUCUCAACGGCGAGCGGACGCAGGAGAUCAUGUCGCAGAUCGAGGACUCGCUGAUGGUCCUUGCCGGCCUCCUCUCGUCGCCGUACAACAAGCCGUUCAAGGCAGACAUUCUGCUCUGGUCGCAGAAGCUCUCGACGUGCUUCCGCGAGAUCGAGAACUGGGUCCACGUCCAAUCGCUGUGGAUUUACCUCGAAGCGGUCUUUGUGGGCGGUGACAUUGCCAAGGCCAUGCCGCUCGAGGCGAAGCGGUUCGCCUCGAUCGACAAGUCGUGGGUCAAGAUCAUGAACGCGGUGCGGGACAACCCGAACGUGGUCUCGUUUGUGUACUCGGACGAGACGCUCUCGAGCCUCCUCCCGCACCUUGCUGACAUGCUGGAGCUCUGCCGGUCGUCGCUCGCCGGCUACCUCGAGGGCAAGCAGCGGAUUUUCCCGCGGUUCUACUUUCUCUCGCACCCGGCCCUGCUCGAAGUGCUUGGCUCGGCCAACUCCAACUGCCAGGCCGUGCAGCCGCACCUCAAGUCUGUCUUUGCCAACAUCCAUCGGGUCAAGUUCUCCAAGACCGAGUUCAACCACAUUGUGGGUAUGACGUCGGGCGAGGGCGAGUACGUCCCGCUGCGCAAGAGCAUGGAGUGCGAGGGCAAUGUGGAGAACUGGCUCAACGUCCUCAUCUCGCGGAUGAAGGAGACGGUGCGGAGCAUUCUGCGGCGCGGUGCGUCGGUCAUGGGCUCGAUGGACCUUGACGCGUUUGUGAUGGAGCACGCGGCGCAGGUUGGCCUCCUCGGCAUUCAGCUCAAGUGGACAGAGACUUGCGAGAAGAGCCUUGGUGAGGCCGCCAAGGGCGACCAGAACGCGAUGAAGGCGCGUGACUUUGCCAACUACAACGACUUUAUGACGCUCGUCACGCUCACGCGCGAAGACCUCGACCGACGCGACCGCGUCAAGGUUGAGACGCUUGUCACCAUCUCGUACCAUCAGUGGGACAUUUUCAACGAGCUGUUCAAGGCGUACGUGCGGAGCCCGGAAGACUUUGACUGGCUCAAGCAGACCCGCUUCUACUGGCGCGGGGCCGACGCCAACUGUAAGAUCCACAUCACUGACGUCGAGUUUGAGUACUGCUACGAGUACCUCGGGUGCACAGAUCGGCUGGUCAUCACGCCGCUCACGGACCGAUGCUACAUCACUCUCGCACAGGCCAUGGGCAUGUCGCUCGGCGGCGCGCCGGCCGGCCCGGCUGGAACCGGCAAGACCGAGACUGUGAAGGACAUGGGCAAGGCGCUCGGCAAGUACGUCGUCGUCUUCAACUGCUCGCCCGAGAUGACUUACCAGCAGCUGGAGAAGACCUUCAAGGGUCUCGCCAUGUCUGGGUGCUGGGGCGACUUUGACGAGUUCAACCGCAUCAAGCUCCCGGUCCUCUCUGUGGCGGCGCAGCAGAUUUCGUCGAUUUUUACGGCCAAGCGCGACCAGCUCGACCGCUUUGUCUUUACCGACGGUGCGCUCACGCCGCUCGACACCGAGUGCUGCAUCUUCAUCACCAUGAACCCGGGCUACGCCGGGCGGCAGGAGCUUCCGGAGAACCUCAAGCUCCAGUUCCGGACGUGCGCCAUGAUGGUGCCUGACCGUGACAUCAUUAUGAAGGUCAAGCUUGCUGCGUCGGGCUUCCAGAAGUUCCUCUCGCUUGCCAUCAAGUUCUUCUGGCUCUACAAGCUGUGCGAAGAGCAGCUGUCGGAGCAGAUUCACUACGACUUUGGCCUCCGCAACAUUCUCUCAGUCCUCCGGACCGCUGGUGCGGUCAAGCGCGCGCAUCCGGACGACAUGGAGGACGACAUUCUCCAGCGGGUCUGCCGGUCGAUGAACCUCUCCAAGCUCGUCGACGACGACUACCAGCUCUUCCUCUCGCUGCUGUCGGACCUGUUCCCGGGCGAGUUUGCGGUCCAGCACGGAGCCAAGGACCUCGACAUGUGCAUCGACUCGCAGUGUGAGUCGCUCGGCCUCAUCCCGCACCCGAGCUGGAAGCUCAAGCUGUUCCAGCUUGAGGAGACGGCCAAGGUGCGGCACGGCAUCAUGGUGCUUGGCCCGUCCGGUGCUGGCAAGACGACGUGCAUUUCGGUCCUGCUCGGCGCGCUCAAGGAGACUGGCCUCUCGUACCGCGAGUGGCGGAUGAACCCGAAGGCGAUCAAGACGCAGCAGUACCUAGGCAAGACCGAGACGGCGACCAACGAGUGGAAGGACGGCAUUUUCUCGUCGCUCUGGCGCAAGGCCAACAAGAUGCUCGAGAAGAAGAAGGAUGAGCAUGUGUGGCUCACCAUGGACGGACCUGUGGACUCGCUGUGGAUCGAGUCGCUUAACACAGUGCUCGACGACAACAAGACGCUGACGCUGCCUAACGGCGACCGGCUGCCGAUGCACCGUAACCUCAAGCUCAUUUUCGAGGUCGACUCGCUCGACAACGCGUCGCCGGCUACAGUCUCGCGGUGCGGUAUGAUCUACAUGUCGGACACGGCACUCGGGUGGCGACCGGUCCUCGCCUCGUGGCUCAAGAGCCGGGCCGACUACGAGGUUGAAGUCCUCCACGAGCUGUUUGAGGCGGUGUGGGACGCCGGACAGCUGUUUGUUAGCGAGUCGCUCAAUGUGACGAUGGUGACGCCGCUCAUCAACGCCAUUCAGAUGGCGCUCAACCUGCUGACUUCGUCGCUCAAGCGGCCAUCAACGGCUGCGGCGCCGAGCGCGGUGCACCUCAACCGGCUCUUUGUUUUUGCCUUUGUGUGGGCGCUUGGUGGCCUGCUCUCGGAGGAGGAGCGUGUCAAGUUCUCUGCACACUUGUACGAGAACGACGCGUUUGCGACGCUCGACCUGCCGGACAUUGGCGCCUUCCGCGACGCGGCCGACGGUGACACUAUCUUUGAGUUUAUGGUGCCCGAGUUUGAGUACCCGGAGGUUGGCGAUGUGCGGUUCCACGACAUUCUCGUGCCGACGACCGACUCUGCGCGGCUUGAGUUCCUCACCAAUGAGAUCAUGAAGCAAGGCCUGCAUGUCCUGCUGGUGGGUGAGUCGGGAACGGCCAAGACGGUGACCAUUCUGCAGUACAUGGCCAAGCAGGAUCCGGACAAGUACCUCUCCAAGGUGGUCAACUUUUCGUACGCGACCGAGACCGACGGGUUCCAGUCUGCCAUCGAGGGCUCUGUGCAAAAGGUGCACACGGGCGUGUUUGCGCCGCAGUACGGCAAGAAGAUGAUGGUGUUUGUGGACGACAUCUCGAUGCCCGAGACGAACGAGUGGGGCGACCAGCCGACAAACGAGACGGUGCGGCAGCUGAUCGAGGAGCAGGGCCUGUACUCGCUGGAGAAGCCAGGCGAGUUCCUUAAGAUCAUCGACCUCCAGUUCCUGGGCGCGAUGUUCCACCCGGGCGGCGGACGGAACGACAUUCCGUCGCGGCUUAAGCGGCACUUUGCAGCGUUCAACUGCACGCUGCCGUCGCCGGCGUCUAUCGAGCGCAUUUUCUCUGUCAUUGUGCAGGGCCACUACUCGUACGAGCGCGGGUUCUCGGGCGAGGUUGUCGAGCUUGCGGGCCAGAUGACGAGCCUCACGACGCGGAUCUGGAGCCUGACCAAGGCGCGGAUGCUGCCGACGCCGGAGCACUUCCACUACGUGUUCAACCUCCGCGACCUCUCGCGGAUCACUGAGGGCCUCAUCGACACGCAGAGCGACGUGGUGACGUCGCGGAGCGUGCUGCUCACGCUCUGGCGCCACGAGUGCGAGCGUGUGCUCAGCGACCGGCUCAUCUCGUCGGAGCACCGCAAGUGGUUCGCGGCGACGAUCACGUCUGUGGUCUCGGAGGCGUUUGGGGCGCAGGUGGCGGCCGAAGUCAUGUCGCCGUGCUUCUUUGUCGAUUUUCUGCGCGACGAGCCGGACAUUGACGAGAUUGAUCUCGAUGACCCGAACGCCAACUUUGACGCUCCCAAGGUGUAUGAGCCGAUCAAGAGCAUGAAGGCGCUGCGGUCGCGGAUCAAGGGCUUCAUGGACCAACACAACGAAGAGGUGCGUGGUUUUGUCCUCGACCUGGUGCUGUUUGAGGACUGCAUCAAGCACGUAGUCAAGAUCUCGCGCAUCAUCCGGCGGCCGCGUGGCUGCGCGCUGCUGGUGGGUGUGGGCGGUAGUGGCAAGCAGUCGGUGACCAAGCUGGCGGCGUACAUUGCGGGCCACGAGACGUUCCAACUCCAGAUGACGCGGAGCUACAACGUGUCCAAGCUGAUGGAGGACCUGCAGGUCCUGUACCGCAAGGCCGGUGGCGAAGGCAAGAAGGUCACGUUCAUCUUUACGGACAACGACAUCAAGGAGGAGCGGUUCCUCGAGUACAUCAACUCGAUCCUGACGAGUGGCGAUGUGGACGUGAUGGCCAAGGACGAGCGCGACUCGAUUCUGCUUGAGCUUCGCGAGGUGAUGAACAAGGAGCGACCGGAGCUGGAGGACAACAUGGUGAACCUCAACAAGUUCUUCAUCGAGCGUGUGCGGCAGAACCUGCACAUUGUGCUCUGCUUCUCGCCUGUGGGCGAGAAGUUCCGGACGCGGAGUCUCAAGUUCCCGGGCCUUGUUUCUGGAGUGACGAUUGACUGGUUUGACCCGUGGCCGCUCAAGGCGCUCAAGGCAGUGUCGCGGCGGUAUCUGGUCGAGUUCCCGAUGGUGUGCGAGGCGUCGGUCCGCGAAGCGCUCAUCGAGUACAUGUCGAACGUGCACUUUUUGGUGGAGCGGACGUCGAAGCGGUACUUUGAAAAGUACCGCCGCAACGUGUUUGUCACGCCCAAGUCGUACCUCUCAUUCCUCUCGUCGUUCCGGGCAGUCUACGAGCAGAAGAAGGCCGAGAUCGACGCAGAGGACUCGCGGAUGAAGAUCGGUCUGCAGAAGCUCGAGGCUGCCGAGAUUUCGGUCUCGAAGCUCAAGGAGAAGCUCGAUGAGCAAGAGGUGGAGCUUGUCAAGGCGCAGGAGGUGGCGCGCCAGCAGCUCGACAAGAUUGUGACCAAGACGGCCGAGGCGAAGAAGGAGAAGGACAAGGUCAAGGCGGUGAAGGACCAGGUCCUUGUCCAGCAGCAGGAGGCCGAGGCGGCGUCGCAGGCUGCUGACGCGGAGCUUGCCAAGGCGUUGCCGCAUCUCAAGGCUGCAAUUGCGGCGCUGGAGGUCAUCGACCCAAAGGACAUUAACGAGCUGCGGGCGGGUAACCACCCGGUCCACUUUACCAAGCGCGUCCUCGACUGCGUGCGAAUCAUGCGGUACCUGGGGAUGGAGCCUGUUGAGAUGGAAGAGAACGGGAAGAUCCGGACCUCGUGGGUGGAGUCGAAGCGGAUGAUGAACAAGAAGGACUUUCUGGACUCGCUGCUCAACUUUCCGCUCACCACGCUCAACGGCGAAAUCAUCGAGCUCCUCGAGCCGUACUUUGACGACGAGGAGUUUAUGGUGGGCUCGGACCGUGCUGCGACGGUGAACCUGGCGCUGAAGGGCCUGUUUGAGUGGUGCGAGGCUAUCAUCAAGUACUACCACGUCUCGCGCGACAUUGAGCCGAAGCAGAUGGCGAAGAACAAGGCGCAGAAGCGGCUGCAGCAGGCAAACGAAGAGCUGUCUGACGCGCAGAAGCAGCUCGACGAGAAGGAGGCUGUUCUCGCGGCGAUGCAGGCCAAGUACGACGCGUGCCAGGCGGAGGAGCAGCGGCUGGCGAGCAUUGCCGAGAAGACGAAGCGGACGAUGACGGCUGCGCUUGCGCUCAUCGACGGGCUUGCCGGCGAGAAGGAGCGGUGGACGGCAAAGAGUCUGACGUUUGGCGACGUGGUGACCAAGCUGGUGGGCGAUGUGGCGGUGGCGACGGCGUUCCUCUCGUACGCGGGACCGUUUAUGCAGGAGUACCGGAACCGGCUGGUGAAGCAGUGCCGGAGCGACCUCAAGUCGAGCCACAUUCCGUUCUCGUCGGAGCUCGACGUGGUCAAGCUGCUGACGGACGACAACGAGGUCGGGCAGUGGAACCUCGAGGGUCUGCCGACGGACGGACAGUCGACGCAGAAUGGCAUCAUUGUUGUGAACGCGGCGCACAUGUACGCGCGGUUCCCGCUCAUGAUUGACCCGCAGGGCCAGGGGCGGGCUUGGAUUCUCAACCACGAGGCAGCCAACGGGCUCAAGGUGGUGACCUUUGACACGCGUGGGUUCAAGGACACGCUCGAGACGUGCGUGCAGACGGGCGUGCCGCUCCUCAUCGAGGAUGUGGGCAACGAGCUCGACCCGAUUCUCGAUCCUGUGCUCGAGCGCGGAGUCAAGCUUCCGGGCGCCAAGCACUACAUCUGCAAGAUUGGUGACAAGGAGGUUAACUACGCCGAGGGCUUCCGGCUGUACAUGACGACGAAGAUUGCCAACCCCAAGUACUCGCCCGAGGUGUGCGCCAAGACGGCACUGGUGGACUUUACGGUGACGCGGUCAGGGCUGGAGGAUCAGCUGCUCGGGCGGGUCAUCCGGCACGAGCAGGAGUACCUCGAGACGAAGCGGGCUGCGCUGUUGGAGGAGCUCAACACGAACAAGCAGCUGAUCAAGAGCCUUGAGGACAACCUGCUGGCGAAGCUCUCUCAGACAGAGGGCAACCUUGUGGACGACACGGAGCUCAUCAACGUGCUCCGCAAGUCGAAGACGACGUCGGAGGAGGUGAAGGAGAAGAUUGUGAGCUCUGUGGAGAACGAGCGGAUCAUCAACCAGGCGCGUGAGCAGUACCGGCCCGUGGCGACCCGCGGCUCGAUCCUGUACUUUAUCGUGUCGGAGAUGGCCAUGGUCGACCACAUGUACGAGACCUCGCUGGCGCAGUUCCUCAACGUGUUCGACGAGUCGAUGGUGCGUGCGGCGCAGACGCAGCUCGCGGCGCAGCGGAUCUCGAACAUCAUCGAGGAGCUGACGUACUCGACGUUUACCUUUAUGACGCGCGGGCUGUUUGAGGAGCACAAGCUGCUGUUCCUCCUUCAGUGCGCGCUCAAGAUUGAUCUCGAGGCGCGCGAGAUUGACGGGCUGGAGUACCGGACGUUUGUCAAGGGUGGGGCGAGUCUUGAUCCAAAGACGGGCAAGGCGAACCCGGAUCCGAGCGACAUUCCGGAGGAUGUGUGGCUCAACCUUCGUGCGCUGCACGAGAUCCCGAUUUUCCACAACAUUCUCGAGCAGAUUGAGAACAACGUGGCCGGGUGGAAGGCGUGGUACAACAAGGCAGAGCCCGAGAAGGAGGUUAUUCCGGACGGGUACAACGAGAUGCUCAACCCGUUCCAGCGGCUGCUGCUUGUGCGGUGCUGGUGCGUGGACCGGAUGUACUUUGCGGCGGAGCCGUACAUUGCCAAGACGCUUGGCGAGCAGUACACGGCGCCGCCACAGCUAGGCGUGGCGUCUGCACUGGAGGACUCUGACCCGCUUACGCCUGUGGUCUGCCUCCUCUCGAUCGGGUCGGACCCUAGUGAGCAGAUCCGGCAGCUGUCGAAGAAGCUGUAUCGGCGCGUGCCGCUGGAGGUGUCGAUGGGCGCGGGGCAGGAGGUUGUGGCGCGAAAGCACAUUGCGACGGGCAUGGCGAGCGGGCAGUGGGUCCUGCUCCAGAACUGCCACCUGGGCGUGGACUUUAUGGACGAGGUUGUGGCGAUUCUGACUGCUGCGACGGAGGCAAAGGAGCGUGCUUCCGAGGCGUACGCCAAGGGUAGCGGCGGCGGCGACGGCGACGACGACGACGACGACGAUGAGGGCUCGUCGGGCGGCGGGCUUGGGGCAAAGGAAGCCGGGCCUGUGGUCCAUGACGACUUCAGGCUGUGGAUGACGACGUCGCCGACGACGGAGUUCCCGAUUCUCCUCCUGCACCGCGGGAUCAAGGUGACGAACGAGCCGCCGCAGGGCGUGCGUGCUGGCCUGCAGAAGACGUUUGCGGACGUGAGCCAGGACGAGCUCGAGUACGUGGACCGGCCCGAGUACCGGUCGCUGCUGUACUCGAUCACGUGGUUGCACUCGAUUGUGCAGGAGCGGCGCAAGUUUGGCCCGCUCGGGUGGAACAUCCCGUACGAGUUUAACUCUGCGGACCUUGCGGCGUCGCUUGCGUUCCUCCGCAAGUACAUGUACGACCUUGAUCCGAAGGCCAACGUGGACUGGAAAACGGUGCGGUACAUCAUUACCGAGGUCCACUACGGUGGGCGAGUGACGGACGACUUUGACCGGCGGCUGCUCAAGAGCUACGGGACCAAGUGGCUGUCAAACGCGGUGGCUAACAGCGGGGCGUCGGGCGUGCACUACGAGUUUGCACCCGGCUACUGCGUUCCGCCGGACAAGAGUCUGGAGGGGAUUAAGGAGUACCUGCUCUCGCUGCCUGCGACCGACUCGCCACUCGUGUUUGGGCUCCACCCGACGGCUGAGAUUGCGUAUCGGCGGGCGCAGUCGCUCGCGGUGCUCUCAACGAUUUUGGCGAUCCAGCCGAAGGACUCGACCAGCGGCGACAAGCCGCGCGAGGUUGUGGUGGACGAAAUGUGCGCCAAGUUCCUGGAGCAGCUGCGGCCGGACUUUAUCGAGUCGCAGGUGCGGGCCAAGAUCGACGCGCAGUCCGCCCAGGCGGCGCAGGCUGCCGAAGAGGCCGGCGAGGCGAGCGGUGCGGACAAGGCGCCGCCGCCGCUCAACAUUUUCCUCUUUCAGGAGGUGCAGCGGAUGCAGAUUGUGCUCAAUCUGGUGCGGACGUCACUGACGGACCUGCGGCUGGCGAUUGCGGGCACGAUUGUGCUCUCAGAGCGGCUGAUGGACAUUCUCAGUGCCAUCUACGACGGUCGAGUGCCGGAGGAGUGGGCGCGAGUGUCGUGGAAGUCGACGACGCUCUCGUUCUGGAUGGCUGCGCUCGACUCGCGGUACACGCAGUACGAGGACUGGCUCAACAAGGGCCGGCCGCUGAAGGUCAAGAUGGGACUGCUGUUCAACCCGCAGGGCUUCCUCACGGCGGUCCUGCAGGAGGCCUCGCGCAAGAUGGGACUCCCGCUCGACAUGGUCGACUCGUACACCACGAUUCCCAAGGACGGCAAGGAGAUCAAACGGACCGAGAUGGGCGUGUACCUCGAGGGCCUCACGCUCGAGGGUGCGCGGUGGGAUCGGCGUAACGGCAAGCUGGAGGACCUUGGCGACCGCGGCAAGCAGACCAUGGUCGAGAUGCCGUGCAUCUUCUUCUCGGCGCGGCCCAAGGAGGAGCGUGACCUCACGCAGUACGCAUGCCCAGUGUACGUCAGUCCGCGGCGGCAGGACCUCGAGUAUGUGACCACCAUCUGGCUCAAGACGGACCACGAGGAGGGUCCUGGAUUCUGGGUCCGGCGCGGCGUUGCGCUGCUGACGACGCGCAAUUAG